UCAUUUAUAUUUGAAAACUAGCGGUUUCUAUCUUUUUCAACAUUACUUCCUAUUUAGAAUAGAAUUUAAAAUCCAACCUUGUAAAAGAGUACCUAGAAUGCCUAUCUAAAUAUAACAACAAAAGCAUUGCUCCUUUUGAUCCAACGAGAGAACUGUGCUCCCUGAAUGUAGGUCUGCUUCUGCUUGUCAUUCACUGAAUUUCCGAAAGAGGAAUGAGAGAUAGAACCUUAACAUUGUUAAGGACAGUUAAUCUUUCAGAUCUUCCAAUAAAAUUUGCGGUUUUUGGUAUGUUUUCUUUUUUUUUUUCCAAUAAUUUGCAUGAGUGACCCUAUAAGUGACCUUAUUCCUUUUAGGAGUGUUUUAUUUCAGCAAUAAUUUCUGCUGACUCCUUGUUUUUAUUAUUUAAAACAUAUUUUUUCUGCAAUUUGCAAGUCUGUGUUGUAUUUUGUUUAGCUUGUUGCGAUGCCUUUGUUCGUGAAAUGAGUGCGGACGAACAGAGGGGGCGCUGUAACACUAGCGGUAAAACGCGGGUCAGUCAUAGUAGAAGAAGAUGAGUUGCGGGAAAACUGAAGCGGAUGAGGUUAAUGUUGACGUCUCCAAACUGUCAUAAAACAAGCCUUUUAGGAUCAUUAUGGCGACAAAAGCCACAGAUGUCAAAAAGGGUAUUGCCGUCCUGUGGGAGACUCUUCAGUGUCCCAUUUGCCUGGAUUUAAUGACGGCGCCGGUCUCUACUAAGUGUGAUCACCAGUUUUGCAGAUAUUGUAUUACAAAACUUUUGGACGGCUCCAAACAAAACAGAGCCAACUGCCCCGUGUGUAAAUCCAAGAUAACAAAGAGGAGCCUGCAGGAGAGCCCUGGGUUUCAGAGACUCGUUUCAGGACUGCAAGACAUCAUACAAGCAUAUGAACACGACACCUGCACAAACUACUUUACUGGACUGCCACAGCAAGAAAGGAGGAACACUAAUGUCACCAAUACAGAAACAAGUAAACAUGGUUGUGAUUUAUCAUCUGGAGACACAUUUGGAGCUGAACUGGACAAAAUGGGAGUUGAUUUUCCACAGUCCUGCUCCUCAACUGUAGCAGCUCAGACUGGGUUUGCACAGCUCAUGGGACUCGAAGACUCAGAUCCUGUAACAGCAGAAAAUGAAGGCCUGGAUAGCGGCCUGGGUGACAUCCCACCAACCUCUGACAAGAAAACGUCCUACUGUACAGAUAAUUUAGAGCCAGAAACAGCAAAUGUCGGGAAAAACGCUACAUCGACUCGUGUGGCUAAAAACAAAAGGUCUUCUGUCAACCCGGUGAAGUCUGUGUGUUCAAAAUCAAAUCAAGGGGAACCUGGUCAACAACAUGUCAAAGAGUCCUCUAGAAAGAAACGGAAAAAGGAUUUGGAGCCCGACAAGAUUCUUGAUCAGAAAAAGAAGAAAAGUUUAGAGAAAGUUGCAGAGUGGCUCCUGAAAGUUCCAACUGAAGACGAGUUGGAACUAGAGAGGCCCCUCCACAACUCAGACGAAUCGGAUAGCUGUACGUCUAUGUCUACGCUGGAUGUUGAGCCACAAGACACUGAAUUGAAUCCUAAGAGAGAAGAUCGCACCAAAGCCCUUGAAGAGCAAGUUUUUGGUGCCGUCUACAAACGAAGAGGAAGCAAAGUUGCAAAGCCACUAAUGGCUAAGGAAACACAAACUUGUAAAAGAUUUCCCAAAUUGAGAGAGAAAAGGGAUGUCCGUCUUUGUGAAGAGAGACAAAUGGUAGGAAAUGACACCAGCAGUGACUUUUUUAAAGUACCUGAACAGACAGAGGUCGAGGAAAAGCUUGAUAAAAAUGUAGAAGACUUGAAUCAUUUGUCAGAAAGUGAUAAUAAUCAGGGAGAGCACGAGGUUCCUGUAGCUGAUAUUGUACGAGAAACGACACCACCAAUAAGAGGAAGUCGUACAAGUCUACAACAGCUUGACAGUGAUUUUCAAGAGCAAAUCCAGUUGAAAUCCAAAAAUACAGAGGAGAAAAGUGAUCGUAGGAAGGGAAACUAUUUAAAGUCCACAAAGAAACCAUCUAAAGUGGCAAAACCUCUUGUUUUGGUAGGAGUUCAGAGCGGGGAAAUCAGUCCUAAACCCAAUGAAAGAACCGAGGAAGUUGAAGCUCAAAUAGAGACCUAUCCCAGCAGCGAGGACCAGGACACUUCAAUCAGGAGCACCAGAAGGAGCAGAAGACUUCAGCUUUUUGUUGAGGAGAUUCAGGGGCGUCACAAGAAAACGGCCAAAACAUCCAGUGCAACUAAAAAAGAGAACAACGGCGAAAAGCAAACUGAAGUUGCCAAUGGUGAAACAUUGGAUGCAUUGCUGCCUGAAAGCAGAAACCGAACAAAAGGAGCUAAAAGAAAUGGAUGUGUUUAUGAGGACGAAAUUGGAGGGAUAGAAAGUACGGAGAAGAGUGGGAAAACAUUUUUGAGACAAGCUGAAGCAGAAGUACCCAAAUCCCGAUCUCCGGCUAAAGCUGUUGCUGACCCUCCCGCCUCUGUCGUCCCAAACUCCACAAGCUCAACCGAUCCGCUCGUGGUAGGUCCAACGCUUGAAAGUGAGAAGCCGGAGAAUGAUUGCCAACCUGGUUCUCAGCAAGAAAUCUGUGUUAAUGAAGCUAAUUGUGCCGUAAAAGAGUACGAGGGUUGCAAGAACGACAGUGAGGUGGACACAGAGCAACUACUCAGGAGCUUCAAAGCUGCUAAAAGGAAAUCUUUCCAUUUUGGGGAGCCAAAGGUGAAGAGAAGUCGUGGUUCAGAUGAAGAAAAUGCAGAGAGCCAUCGUAACUGUUCAAGCUCUGAAUUAUCAGAAAAUAUUAAUGUUUCAAAAGAGACAGAAAAAUGUAUUUGUAGAGAUGUGAUUUCCCCUUCCAACUCACCCAUCCAGAUCAGAAAACCAGAUCAAGCUUUGCUGGAAGCCUCCAAUCCUAAUAGCAACUGUGCAGGGCAGGACGUUGAUGCUGAAAACUGUCCCUCCAGAAGCAGCUUCGGCAGCGGUCUCAGUCCAAAUAAAGUAUCAAAGCGUGAGAGGGAAAGUCCUCUGUCUGUCGUCCCUCGGGUAGUAGAUUCUGGCCUCCGCUUCACAGCUGUUGAACAUGAAGUAUCAAAGGGCUCUCAGAUCACUGAUGGUCAGUGUGAUUGCAACCUCAAGGAGAUCAGAGAUGGCUUUUUAAGAGAUCCUUCGCUUAAUGAAGGUGAGACUAUUUUCAUUGGAGAGUCUUCUUUAACCCCUGAUGCUCUGGAGACCACAGCCAACCAAUUGAUCCACAAAGCAAAUGGAAACGGCAGCGGUAGCGAAGAGAUCAGCAAUCAAUCCUCCAUCAAGAUCACCCCGAGGAAGAAGAGGAGAACUCAGAGGCUGGAAUCAUCAGCCGAGUCUGAUAGCAGCAGAUCCGAAGAGGAAUUACCGACGUUGGCUCAGAUCUUUGGAACAUCAGAUCAUCCCCAAGCUGGAAUCAAAGAUCAGGGAGAAAUCAGUCAAACAAACAGAUGUGAGGGAGUCGGUGGGGAAACCAACACAGGAGAACCAAUAAGUCGUCCACCUGCAAGCCCGAACCCGGACCAGGUUGACUCCAGUCAGGCAUCUGUGGACUUGUUCGGCACACCAGAUGAAUGUGAUGCCCCUGAAAAUGACGUUGGUGUUUCCAUUGAAUCCUCACAAUUCUCCAGCGAAGUUCUUGUUACCCAGCAAAAGAUAGAAAUGCAGAAGGAGCUGGUGAGGCUGGAGAAGCUAAUGGCUCUGGUGUCAGAGGUGCUUCAGGAGAAAGAAGGCAGUGAUGCCGCAGAAGUGGCCACAGAAACCGAUCAGAGCAAAAAAAACAGGGGCCGAGACGUUCACAGACCCCUCCAGAAUGACCAGGACCAAGUCCAGGGUUCCGACAGGAAGGACAUUUUAGAUGCAAAAACAAAACCAUCUGAAGGCAAAGUGGUGACUGAGCUAGGAUUGGCAAAGCGUGGCGGCAUUUCAGAGACCGCUUUGCAUCACAGUGGGGCCACUGAAAAGGUCGCAAAGAGCCCUAAUUCAACUUCUGCAACCAAAACGGUAAAAAACUGUGAUUCACCGCCAGAUUGCCAAGAAGACAAAGAAAACAACAGUCCUCCGAAAGAAAGCUCUAAAGCUAAACUUGUUUUUGUGUCGUCCGGGUUGGGCCCCAAUGAGCAGAUGAUGGUGAAACAGUUUGCCAAGAAAUUGGGGGGUCGUGUUGUUUCCCAGGUGACACCAGAGGUGACCCAUAUCAUAAUGCGUACAGAUGACCAGCUGGUCUGUGAGCGCACACUGAAAUACUUCCUUGGAAUUGCAGGCAGAAAGUGGGUAGUCAGCUUCCAGUGGAUUUCUGAAUGCUUCAAAGAAAAGAAGCUCUUGGGGGAGAGUUCAUUUGAAGUGAGAGGUGAUGUGGUGAACGGGCCCAACCACCAGGGGCCCUUGAGAGCCCGUACCACAGGGGACAGUAAUCUGCUCAUGAUGGGCUACAAGAUCUGCUUCAAGGGACCUUUUACAGACAUGUCAACAGAUGAGAUGGAGUGGAUGGUGGAGUGGUGUGGAGCUACCGUAGUUAAAGAUCCGCUUCUCCUUGACGGCAAACAGAAGUCCCACCAGAUCGUCAUUGUACAGCCCAGAGCCGAUUCAUCGUCCUCCUCUUACAGCAGUCUGUCCAGGAAGGCCACAGUUGUGACCCGCGGUUGGCUGUUGGAUACAGUUGCAACAUACACGCUGCAAAACUACAGCAGUUACACAGUGUGAGGAACCACGGACCCACAACGGUUCUGAUGUCUCAAAGCUUUACAUGCAGUUCCGUUUUUAAUGUCCAGUUCUGUAACUUAACACAUCAUCUGUCUGUUUGUGUAAAAUAUAUAUUCACAAUAUGAUGUAUAUAAAGCGAUAACAAAGCAGA